AACGUCGUCGAGGGCUCAGAGGGGUGCUUGCUUGUCUUGUCCCGUCCGAGGCGCCGUCCGUUCCGUGAGUGGCGGUGCGAAGAGCGCUGGGGGGGCCGUGAUAGCGUCGCACCCCGAUCCCUUCCCCACCUCCCCCAGUGAGGAGCGAGUCUCCGGCUCUGAGGAGGGACUGGGACCGCGCCCCCAUCUCCUCCCACCCGCCCCGCAGGGGGCUCCGUAGCCAUGGCAAUGACAGGUCCAACACCUUGUUCAUCCAUGAGUAACCACACCAAGGAGCGAGUUACAAUGACAAAAGUGACAUUAGAAAACUUCUAUAGCAAUCUCAUAGCACAACAUGAAGAACGGGAAAUGAGACAGAAGAAGCUAGAAAAAGUGAUGGAAGAGGAAGGUUUAAAAGAUGAAGAGAAGAGACUCAGGAGAUCCGCACAUGCCCGAAAGGAAACGGAGUUUCUUCGGUUAAAGAGAACAAGACUUGGUUUGGAAGAUUUUGAGUCCUUAAAAGUAAUAGGCAGAGGAGCAUUUGGAGAGGUGCGGCUUGUCCAGAAGAAGGACACAGGGCAUGUAUAUGCGAUGAAAAUACUACGCAAAGCUGACAUGCUUGAAAAAGAGCAGGUUGGCCAUAUUCGUGCGGAGCGGGACAUACUAGUGGAGGCAGACAGUUUGUGGGUUGUGAAAAUGUUCUAUAGUUUUCAAGAUAAGUUAAACCUGUACCUUAUCAUGGAGUUCCUGCCUGGAGGUGAUAUGAUGACACUGUUGAUGAAAAAAGACACCCUAACAGAAGAAGAGACUCAGUUUUAUAUUGCGGAGACUGUGUUAGCCAUUGACUCCAUUCAUCAGCUUGGUUUUAUCCAUCGGGAUAUCAAGCCAGAUAACCUCCUCUUGGAUAGUAAGGGCCAUGUGAAACUGUCAGAUUUCGGUCUCUGCACUGGGCUAAAGAAGGCUCACCGAACGGAGUUCUACAGAAACUUGAACCACAGUCUUCCGAGUGAUUUCACUUUCCAGAACAUGAAUUCCAAAAGGAAAGCAGAAACGUGGAAGAGAAAUAGACGUCAGUUGGCCUUUUCCACUGUGGGAACUCCAGAUUACAUCGCUCCUGAAGUCUUCAUGCAGACGGGUUACAACAAGCUUUGUGAUUGGUGGUCACUUGGGGUCAUCAUGUACGAGAUGUUAAUUGGUUAUCCCCCUUUCUGUUCUGAGACCCCUCAAGAAACCUAUAAGAAAGUGAUGAACUGGAAAGAGACUCUGAUCUUCCCCCCGGAAGUUCCAAUCUCUGAGAAAGCAAAGGAUCUUAUUCUAAGAUUUUGCUGUGAAUGGGAGCACAGAAUUGGUGCACCUGGUGUCGAAGAAAUCAAGGGUAACCCCUUCUUUGAAGGGGUUGACUGGGAGCAUAUCAGAGAGAGACCUGCUGCAAUAUCAAUAGAAAUUAAAAGCAUUGAUGACACCUCAAACUUCGACGAAUUUCCAGAAUCGGAUAUCCUUAAACCAACAGUGGCCACAAGUAACCAUCCAGAGACUGACUACAAGAACAAAGACUGGGUCUUCAUCAAUUACACCUACAAACGAUUUGAGGGGCUGACAGCCCGAGGGGCAAUCCCAUCCUAUAUGAAAGCAGGAAAGUAG